UUUUUUUUUUUUGAUUUUUUAUUUACAUAUAUUACACAUAUACUGAAAACUGAAAUGGAGGAACAUAAAGAGUUUAAGGCCACUUCAUCUAAAAAAGCCAUGAAGCAUGGCGGUAAGAACUCUAGUGAAUCAAGCAAUUCAGCUGUACCUGACUUUAUUCAAAAGCUAUUUCGAAUGCUGGAAAACAAGGCCUUCAAGGACGUCUUUUGUUGGGACCCUUCAGGCACGACAUUUCUUGUGAAAGACACCAACGAAUUUUCAAAGUCAAUUUUGCCCAAACACUUUAAACACUGUAAUUUUGCUAGUUUUGUACGUCAAUUAAACAAGUAUGAUUUCCACAAGAUACGAAGUAAUGCAGACGAAACUCAGAAACUAUACGGUGAUCAGACUUGGGAGUUUGAACACGCCAAUUUCAAAAGAGAUCGAAAAGACCUGCUUGAAGAAAUCAAGAGAAAGACACCGGGAAAAAAGAAAAAGACACUGGUGGAUUCAUCCACAGAAUCUCCUUCUCCCAUUCUUCCCGCCGUAAACUCACCUGUCAUCGGAGGACACGAACCGACAAAUACAUUGGCUGACCUAAGAAAAUUAACCAGAAAUCUUCAGUCUCAAGUCAAUCAACUUAAACAAUCUCAAAUUGAAUUAGAAGCCACCGUCAAUAAGAUGGACCAGAAUGAUAAACUCAUCAUGGCCGAACUUUCGGGAUUUCAAGAAAACCUGAAAAAGAAGGACGAAAUCAUACGCGAAUGUCUCAAGCUGACUGUCAAUAACAAACCACCACCUGAGCCUACCGUCAAAAUAGAAGAAGAUGCCACUUCUACCUGGACAGAACAAUCGACAAUUCCGAUCGAAAGUAUUCUGACCGACCUCUUUUUACCUACACCGCCCCAAAGUUCAAUUGAUACGGCGUCCAUAGCCGCUGCUGCCGCCCAAUUAAACGGAGGAAGUUUAAUUGGGUCCACCGUCAAGGGAGCGGAUGGUGGUCUAACUGUUUAUAAGCUAAAUAGACUCAACGCAAAAGAAGAACAUGUGCCUACUCCACCUUCCGACGACAUUAAAGGUAAAAAGAAGAUGGUCGCUAGUUGGACUACUCCGCCACGUGUAUUACUUGUAGAUGAUGAUUCCGUCUAUAGAGAUGUGAGUGGUCGCAUGUUGAAUAUGAUUGGUUGCUCCAUCGAUCUUGCCAAGGAUGGCUUGGAAGCACUUCAAAAGAUGAGUCUGGAAAAGUACGAUCUGAUUCUGAUGGACAUCGUCAUGCCUAAAAUGGACGGUAUUGCAACAACAAGAAAUAUUCGACGCUAUGAUUCGCUAACACCCAUCGUUUCCAUGACAUCUAACUUCACCCACAAUGAUAUUAUGGAAUAUAUUGGUAUUGGCAUGAACGAUAUCUUGCCAAAACCCUUUUCGAAAAGCACCUUGUAUGAUAUUCUUGAAAAGCACUGUGCCCAUCUUAAAAUCAUGAAAAGACAACAAACAACAGCGGAUGAAAUUCUUAUUCCCAGAGGAUCAUCUUCAUCAUCAGGAGGCUUAGGACAAGCAAAUAUCACCCCAUUAUUAGAUGACAACACGAAUACUUACCCUUAUAAUACACCCAUUGCGGAUACCCCUUCUACUUCUUCCUCUUCCUCUUCACCAACAAACCACUCUCCCACGAACACAUCAAAUCGUACGACCACAAGUAGCAGUAGUACAGUCACCACUGCCGUCCCUAGCAGUACUGCCACUGCGGUUGCUAUAACUACCCCCACCACCACCACCGCCGACUCUAAUUACUGGCAACCCAUUGAUAACAGGAAACUCGUCUGGUCCUCUUCUGUACAACAAAAAUAUCCUCCUCAACAACAAAGUAAAAGACAAAAGUUAAAUGAUUUAUAUGAUCCUCCAUUUUAAAUAUAUCAAUCUCAUACACACACACACACACACACAAACACAUGCACUGUAAAUAAUCACAUCUCUUUUCGCCUCCGUUUUCCCCUCCUUUUCUUCCCAUCUCUUGUCACAUAUAUUUUUUAUUUUUUUUUAUAUAUAUUUAUUAUUGAUUUUAUUUUUUUCAAUAAAAAUCAACACUUUCUGUGAACAAUGGAAGCACCGAAUUCUUCAUACUCUUUUCGCGACACCCAUAAUUGAUGGAAUGUACCUAAUGAAGCUAAUAUAGACCCACCCAACCAACUACUACUUUUACGUUCUGUUGCAUUACCUGCCGCAUGAAUCUUGAUUUUACU